AUGGCAACGCCAGACAUUGAUGAAAUGGAGCAAUUCCAACAGCUCUCUGACCAGUAUCAGCCAAAUCUUCCUGGACCGUUGAUAGGAAGUAAAAAGCCACUAUCCGACCUUGUCACCGAAUACGCGCAAGCAGAUCCGACAUAUGUGGCCAAGACGAAGGCACUCGAAGCAACUCACUCUGCAUACCGGCAAAUCAAAGGUGACGGGCAGUGCGGUUGGCGUGGAGCUGUCUUUGGCUAUUUCGAGAUCCUGCUCCGUUCGGGAGAUCCCAGUCUGAUCACCCAAGAGUUGGUCCGACUCCGAAGCUUUGAACAGACCAUGCGCAGCGUUGGCAUUGACUAUGAUAUCAUAAUCGACAUGUUUGACUAUACGUGGGAGCUCUUCGACGCUCUCAAGGCCGCAGUCGAGCGCAGGGACACCAACGAGUCCGUGUUGCUGGAUUCACUCAAUGACGAGAACAUAUCGAAUUCAAUCGUCUAUCAUUUCAAGAUGAUGACAAGCUCCUUCAUGCAACUUCAACCGGAUCGAUACGAAGCAUUUCUAGAAAUGCCGGUUCAGCAAUAUUGCUUGACCAGGAUCGAUCCUGCAAAUCAAGAGAUUGAUCAUGUCGGGCUCCAAGCCUUGACGGAUGCCGUCAUCGCUCCCGCAUAUAUCGCACUGGAAGUGGCGUAUCUGGACAGAAGCACGGGCGAUGAAGUGACUUCAUACCAUUUCGUGGACAAUGCGAGAGGGUGGCCCGCAAUUCGACUGAUAUAUCGUCCCGGUCACUACGAUAUCAUUUAUAAAGAGGAUCAGAUCCCUGCACCAGAGGCACAGCGGUUGCAGGUGUACUUGCAGACGGACGCUCCUCAUUAUAUCACCCCUCAGCGCGCUGAGGGCUUCAAGUCCGAAGAUCCUCAAGCUCUUGACGAAUUGUCCCUCAUGUUCCCGCACGCUACACAGACCCUGACAGAUUCGUCGCUGUCGUAUUCGAGCAAUAGCGUCUUCUCAUCUCCGUUCCAGAGUCCGCAAGCCAUGAUGUAUGGAAGCCAAAAUUCAGGGCAAGCGUCGUACUUUCCACAUAUGCCGCCUGCUAGUUUUCAUACGAUACCACCUCCACAGCAACGGCGACAACAGGCACCAACUCCUCCAGUCAGAACGAACUCGCUCCCAAAACGGAGCUACUCUUCAUCAAUGCUGCAGCUAACGCCGCAAAUCUCGCCUUCACCACAAUCCCCUCAGCCGCCGUCUCCAGCGACACCGAAUUCUGCCGUCACUAAGCCGGUCGUGAUGCCCAACGUGAAGCCGAAGGAGCCCCAGAUCAGAUACAACGAGAAUUGUUUCAAUUACAGCCUCCACGGCAACAAAAGCAUUCCUCUACACCCCGCGUCAUUUGGCAGUUCGGCUUUGAACUCCGCACACUUUGCCAAUUCCGCCUUUCAACCGUUGAUAUGGAACGCAGAGGAAGAAUAUGGCAAGCGUGACUGA